GGCUCGGGGCGCUGCGGUGCGGCUCGGCUCGGCUCGGCUUGGCUCUGGUUCGCCCCCUUCGGCUUGGUUCCGUUCGGUUCGGCGCGCAUCAGCUCGGCUCGCGGUGGUUCAGAGUGGAUCGGUUCGGGUCGGAUUGGAUCGGAUCUAAGCGGAUCGGGUCGGACUAGAGCCCGGCACAGCUCGGCACAGCCCUUGGAGCGCGGAUCGCGGCGGGGAUGGCGGUGCCCGAGCCGGACGCGCGGCUGGCGCAGGAGAAGGAGGAGGAGAGCGAGGAGGAGAGCGAGGUGCUGGAGGAGAGUCCCUGCGGCCGCUGGCAGAAGCGCCGCGAGCAGGUGAACCAGGGGAACAUGCCUGGCAUCCAGAGCACCUUCCUGGCCAUGGACACCGAGGAGGGCGUGGAGGUGGUGUGGAAUGAGCUGCUCUUCACCGACAGGAAGGCCUUCAAAGCUCACGAGGAGAAGAUCCAGACCAUGUUUGAGCAGCUGGUGCUGGUGGAUCACCCCAACAUUGUCAAACUGCACAAGUACUGGCUGGAUGUCAGGGACAGCAAGGCUCGGGUGAUUUUCAUCACAGAGUACGUGUCCUCGGGGAGCCUCAAGCAGUUCCUCAAGAAAACCAAGAAGAACCACAAGGCCAUGAACGCCCGGGCCUGGAAGCGCUGGUGCACCCAAAUCCUCUCAGCUCUCAGUUUCCUGCACUCCUGUGACCCCCCCAUCAUCCACGGGAACCUGACCAGUGACACCGUGUUCAUCCAGCACAACGGGCUCGUCAAGAUCGGCUCCGUCUGGCACCGGGUGUUUGCCAACGCGCUCCCGGACGAUCUGCGCAGCCCCAUGAGGAUCGAGCGCGAGGAGCAGCGGAACCUGCACUUCUUCCCUCCGGAAUAUGGCCAGAAGGCAGACGGGACGGCCGUGGACAUCUUUUCCUUCGGGAUGUGCGCGCUGGAGAUGGCCGUGCUGGAGAUCCAGACCAACGGGGACACGCGGGUGUCGGAGGAGGCGAUCGCACGGGCCCGGCACUCCCUGGAUGACCCCAACAUGAGGGAGUUCAUCCUGUCCUGCCUGACCCUGAACCCCGACCGGCGCCCCAGCGCCAACAGCCUCCUGUUCCACCGCGUGCUCUUCGAGGUGCACUCGCUGAAGCUGCUGGCAGCUCACUGCUUCAUCAACCACCAGUAUCUGAUGCCCGAGAACGUGGUGGAGGAGAAGAUCAAGGAGCUGGACCUGAACAUGGUGAUGGCCGAGAUCCGCAGGGAGGGACGGCCCGGGGUGCAGUGGAGGUACUCCGAGGUUUCCUUCCUGGAGCUGGACAAGUUCUUGGAGGAUGUCAGGAAUGGGAUUUACCCCCUGAUGAACUUCGCCGCCUCCCGGCCCCAUGCGCUGCCCCGAGCCCUGUCCCAGCCCCCGGAGGACCCACAGAAAGCCAAAACCCCCACGCCAGAGCCCUUCGACGUGGAGACCAGGAAGGUGGUGCAGAUGCAGUGCAACAUGGAGCUGAAUGAGGACAAGAGCCAGUGGCACCUCACGCUCCUGCUGAUCCUGGAGGACAAGCUGCACCGCCAGCUCAGCUACGACCUGCUGCCCACUGACAACUCCAAGGAUUUGGCCACAGAGCUGGUGCAUUACGGGUUCAUCCACGAGGACGACUGUGAGAAGCUGGCCGCGUUCCUGGAGAGCGCCUUCCACAAGCACCGCUCCCAAGCCCUGUGAGCCCGGCCCAGGGGACUGAGGCACCCCGGGAGGACCCCAAAGGGCUCCCCGGCCCCAGCCAGCCCAGCAGGACCCACUGGGCCCACGGGGACUCGCCCAGGCCGUGCUCAGGGCUCGGCCAAGCCCAGGAGUUCAUCCUGGGACGUGCUCUGGUCCCUGCUCCGAGGGGAGCACCCUCAGCAGGGCCUUCCAGGGGGUUUGGGAGCUGCUGCAGGAGCCCCCAGCCGGAUCCAUGUCCCUCUGGGGAGGACCAGCCCCUCUCCUGCAGCUCCCACAGCUGAUUCCUGCCCCUUUGCCAUCUGGAGCGCUCCUUGCUGAGGGGAGGGAGAGGAAGAGCAGAGCCCCGUGGAGCUUCCCAUGUGUCACAUUCCGCCCUGGAGGCCGGAAUUCUCCAGGUCUGGGGUCUGCAGGGUGCUGCCUGUGCUCAGAGCCCUCCCCGUGAGCUGGACGUGAGAAGGAAUCCCUGACCCACCACCAGGAACGUCACUGAUGCUCCACAGAACCCUUGGCAUGGCCCAGCUCCCCCUGCAGCCUUCCACAAUCUCUCAGAGAGAGCCCUGGAGCUGUUCCUGCCCGGCCUGCAGAUGGGCACUGCCCCUGGCACCACCUCAGGGCUGCCCUUUGCCAGGGACACACGGGGAGAGAGCUGCAGACAGGAAUGUCCCUGUGCAAGGGCCGUGUGGGGCUGCUCCAGCUGGGCCAGGGAGAGCUGGCCCUGAAAUCCUGCUGCUCCAGCUGUGCCAGGCAAGCUGCUUUGAAAUCCUGCUCUGUGCUGGUGCUGCUCCUGCUCUGUGCCAUAGGAAACUGGCUCUGAAAUCCUGCUCUGCGCUGGUGCUGCUGUGCCAGGAAAGCUGCUCUGAAAUCCUGCUCUGCGCUGGUGCUGCUGUGCCAGGAAAGCUGCUCUGAAAUCCUGCUCUGUGCUGUGCUGCUGUGCCAGGAAAGCUGCUCUGAAAUCCUGCUCUGUGCUGUGCUGCUGAGCCAGGGAAAACGUGCUCUCAAAUCCUGCUCUGUGCUGUGCCAAUGCUGCUCCUGCUGCUGCGGGGAAAGCUGCUCUGAAAUCCUGCCCUGUGCUGGUACUGCUGCUGCUGUGCCAGGGAAAACCACCUCUGGCAUCUGUGCUGGUGCUGCUCCUGCUGUGCCAUCAGAAACAGGCUCUGGAAUCCUGCUCUGUGCUGUGCCAGUGUUGCUCCUGCUGUGCCAUAGGAAACUGGCUCUGACACCCUGGUCUGCGCUGUUCUGUGCCAGGGUUUGUGCCAGUGCUGCUCCUACCAGGGAAAUCUGCCCCUGGCACCCUGCUCUGUGCUGUCCUGUUCCCACUGUGGCAAGGAAAACUGGCUCUGGCAUCCUGCUCUAUGCUGGUGCUGCUCCUGCUGCUCCUGCUGUGCUGGGGAUAUCCAGCUCUGGCGCUGUCCUGGUGAUCUGCACCAUGCUGGUGCUCCAUGCCAGUGUGCUGUGCCAGUGCUGCUCCUGCUGUGCCAGGGAAAUCUGCCCUUGGCAUCCUGCUCUGUGCUGCCUUGUGCCAGUGCUGCUCCUGCUCUGCCGGAGGAAUCCAGCUCUGGCAUCCUGUGCUGUGCCAGUGCUCUGUGCUGCUCCUGCUGUGCAGGGGAAACUGCCCCUGGCACCCUGCUGGUGUUCUGUGCCAGUGCUGCUCCUGCUGUGCCAGGGAAAUCUGCCCCUGGCAGCCUGCUCUGUGCUGUGCUGUGUCAGUGCUCUGUGCUGCCCAUACUGUGCCAGGGAAAUCUGGCCCUGGCACCCUGUGCUGUGCUGGUGCUGGUCCUGCUCUGCCAGAAAAGUCCGGCUCUGGCAUCCUGUGCUGUGCCAGUGCUCUGUGAUGCUCCUGUUCUGCCAGAGGAAUCCAUCUCUGGCCUCCUGCUUUGUGCUGGUGCUGCUCCUGCUGUGCAGGAGAAAUUGCCUCUGGCAUCCUGUGCUGUGCCAGUGCUCUGUGCUGGUGCUGCUGCUGUGCCAGAGGAAUCCAGCUGUGGCAUCCUGUGCUGUGCCAGUGCUCUGUGCUGUCCUGGUGAUCUGCACCACACUGCUGUUCCAUGCCAGUGCUCUGUGCUGGUGCUGCUGCUGUGCCAGGGAAAUCUGCCCCUGGCACCCUGCUCUGUGCUGGUGCUGCUCCGUGCUGCUGCUGCUGUGCAGGGGAAACUGUCCCUGGCAUCCUGCUGGUGUUCUGUGCUGGUGCUGCUGCUGCUGGGCCAGGGAAAUCUGCCCCUGGCACCCUGCUCUGCACUGCUCCAUGCUGGUGCUGCUCCUGCUGUGCCAGAGAAAGCUGCUCUGAAAUCCUGCUCUGUGCUGUGCCAGGGAAAUCUGCUCUGAAAUCCUGCUCUAUGCUGUGCCAGUGCUCUGUGCUCCACCUGCUGUGCCAAGGAAAUCUGCCCCUGGCACCCUGCUCUGCACUGCUCCAUGCUGGUGCUGCUCGUGCUGUGCCAGGGAAAGCUGCUCUGGAACCCUGCUCUGUGCUGUGCCAGUGCUGCUGCUGCUGCUCCCCUGUGCCGUGGGAAGCUGCCCCUGGCACCCUGCUCCCUGCAGGAGCUCCGGGUGCCACCACCUGCCCUGCGCUGCUCCUGCUGCAGCUCUCCAGCUGCAUCCCACCGGGAUUUCACCCACGCUCAGCCAGCUCGGGAUGCACUCCCGGCUCAGGCUGCAUUCCCAGCUUGGGCUGCACUCCUGGCUUGGGCUGCACUCAACAGUGCUGCAUUCCCAGCCCUGCUCCAUCCCCAGCCCUGCUCCAUCCCCAGCAGUGCUCCAUCCCCAGCCCUGCUCCAUCCCCAGCAGCGCUGCAUUCCUGGCCCAGGCUCCAUUCCCAGCAGUGCUGCAUCCCCAGCAGUGCUGCAUCCCCAGCAGUGCUGCAUCCCCAGCCCUGCUGCAUCCCCAGCAGUGCUGCAUCCCCAGCAGUGCCAAUGUCCCACCUGACAAAUCAAUAAAGCCCAUCCCCACAAAUCAAUAAACCAUUCUCACUGUUCCAGCCUG